AUGGUGCUGUUCGGCCAGCGGACGGACACCGACGGGCAGAAGUGGUUCUGCGGCGGCGUCCUCAUCACCGACCGACACGUGCUCACGGCCGCACUCUGCAUGCGGCCCGAGCAGGCCGCCACCGUGGUCGCCCGCAUCGGCGAUCAUGACCUCACCACCUUCAGGGACGUCCAUCACCAGGAGCGCAACACCUACAGUAUCGUGCGACACCCGCAGUACCACGCCUCGCAGAACGACCUGGCGGUGGUGCGGCUGCAGUCGCCGGUGCAGCUGACGGACGCCGUGCGGCCCAUCUGUCUGCCGCCGGCCGGCUCGCAACACCACGGCCAGGACGUCGAGAUGGCCGGCUGGGGCCUGGUCGAGUUCGGCGGCGAGACGGCCGACGUGCUGCAGGAGGUGCCGCUGCGUGUGGUCGACGAGGACGCCUGUGAGAACGCCUACCGCCAGGCGGCGGCAUUCAACAUGACAUUUCCCGGCGGCUUUCAGGGCGCCAAGAUCUGUGCGGGCAGCCGCGACGACAAGCCACGGGACGCGUGUCGGGGAGACUCGGGGGGUCCACUGAUGGUCGAGCUGCCCGAUGGUUCCUACCGGCUCACUGGCAUCGUCUCCACCGGCGUCGGCUGUGACAAUCCUGAAUUUCCCGGCAGCUACACCAAGGUGUCAUCCUACAUUGACUGGAUCCUCGGCAAUCUUACUGAGUAG